AUGGCGGAUCCACCUCCCUCUGCCGCCGGCAACCGAAACUCAGCCACCGUACACCCUGUUUCCGCUCCUUCAAAUGCUCCACAGAAUCAAGCCACGCACUGUUCUUAUCAGUUCAAACAACGCGUCACCUACUUUCUCUUCGGUUCUAUCGUCUUGAUCUGCAUCUUAAUCCUCUUCCGAAGGCAGAUUUCGCUCGUCUUCAUCAGUAAUCCCCAAUUCCGUCUCCAAACGCUAACCAUAUCCAACUUCCAUUAUCCACCAGAACUAGGCAAUCUAAUUUCCGGCGAUUUGGAUGCCGAUUUCAUCCUUCGCAACUCAAAUUCGAAAACUACUCUUCACUAUCAUAAAAUCCAAGCUGCUGUAUGGGACGAUUGGCUUUUAAUUUCAAACACUAGUGUGCGGAGUUUCGUUCAGGGACCCAAGAAAAAGACUGCGGUUAGGGCCACAUUUUCUUCUUUCAUAGAGUAUAUCGAUGAUGAAGAUAGCUUCGAUGGUGAGAGUAAGAGUGGUCAUGUUGUGAUAAAUUUCGAUUUUAGGAUGAUGGUUACGUAUCGACUUAACGCUUGGUGGGCUAGAAGAUGGAGGGACUUGAAGGUUUAUUGCCAUGGCUUACAAGUGGAUGUUUCUUUAAAAAGUCGUGGUGGAAAAAUGAUCGGCGGUUGGAAGAACUGUAAGGCCGACGGCUAUUUCUUUUCCGUCGAUUCACCUCAUUUUGCACUCUUUAAUAAUCAUCACUGA